AUGAACGCAUCUUCAGCACUCCGCCUGCUCCGGCACACCUCCAGCCGCCUGGCCUCUCGCCCUGCGGCGGUGACAGCCACGACUCCGCUGGUCAAAGCCGGCGCGAGACCCCUGAGCACCAUCUCCGCUCAGCAGAUCGCCCACACUCAGCGGAAAAAGAACAGCUCAGACCCGUAUCACAAAUCCAGCACGGAGGCGGUCGGCGAAUCCGCCGGCCCACACGAAGGCUCGGCCUCGCGUACCGACAAAGACAUUGUUGUCGAGUACCCCGACGAUGAGGCCGAGCUGGCUGCUCACGAACAACCCCUGAGAGGCAGAGGAGGGGUGCACUUUGUGCGGACCUUGCCGACCUUCUCGCUUGAGGGCCGCACUGCCGUUGUGACUGGUGGUGCUCGUGGCCUUGGUCUGGUCAUGGGCCAGGCUCUGGUCAGCUCCGGCUCCGACCUGGCUAUUGUGGACUUGAACAAGGAGGAAGGUGAGAAACAAGCCAAAGAGCUCGUCGAGAUGUUCCGUCGCGAGAACCCACAUGACCCGGAAGUCAUCCCCAAGAUCACCGCGCACUACUGCGACGUAUCCGAUCCCGACAGCGUCAAUGCUUGCAUCAAGGAGGUUCUGGAGGCGCAUGGCAAGAUCGACCACCUGGUCACCUCGGCCGGCUUCACCGAGAACUUCUCCGCAGAGACUUAUCCCUACGAUCGCAUGAAGAAACUGUGGGGCGUCGACGUCGAUGGAACCUAUUUGUUCGCGACUGGUGUCGCACGGCACUUGAUGGAGAGAAACAUCACUCACGGCAGCAUGGCCUUCAUUGGCAGCAUGUCCGGUUCCAUUGUCAAUGUGCCCCAACCCCAGGCGCCCUACAAUGCGGCUAAAGCGGCCGUCCGGCAUCUGGCUGCCAGUUUGGCUGUGGAAUGGGCACAUGCCCAUAUCAGAGUCAACUGUAUCAGUCCAGGAUAUAUGUUGACAGCAUUGACCCGCAAAAUCCUUGACGAGAAGCCAGAGCUUAACAAGACCUGGACAUCCUUGAUUCCUGUUGGAAAGAUGGGAUCGCCCGAGGACUUGCAGGGCGCUGUGGUUUACCUACUUAGCGACGCGAGUCGCUAUGUGACGGGCGCCGAAUUGCGUGUUGAUGGAGGGUAA